AUGGUUCUGCAUUUAAACGGUGUACCGUCGAGAUUCGUUUGGGUUCUCGCGCUUCUCGACUUUUGUGGUUCUAAUGGAUUAUUUAGCUUUACCGAGUUUGUGGUCGGGCCAAGGGUUGGUAGAGGUUUACCUAUCAAAAGUUCUACAUUAUCUAUUGCUCAACAAUUAGUAAACUCCAACGGAUACCCUUUCGAAAAACACCAAGUUACCUCUGAAGACGGAUACAUUCUCACCUUACACAGAAUACCGAGGAGCAAACACGAAACUAGCCCUUUUAAAACAAAACGACCAGUGGCCUUGUUUCAGCAUGGCUUAUUGGCUUCCUCCGAUGUAUUUUUAUUCAGAGGACCUAAUCAUGACUUACCUUAUUUGCUUGCCGACUCCGGUUACGAUGUGUGGCUUUCGAACAUGAGAGGAAACAUGUAUUCUCAAAAACACCAAAGCUUGGAUGCUGAAAAAGAUCCUGAAUAUUGGAAGUUUUCCUUACACGAAGUUGGGUAUUAUGAUUUGCCAGCAACAAUAGAUUACAUUUUAAACAAAACCAAUGAAAAAUCGCUGUAUUUUUUGGGACACUCAGUAGGAUCUACAGCUGCUUUUAUUACAGGUUCACUUAGGCCAGAGUAUAACUCAAAAAUUCGGCUACAUUUGGCUUUGGCUCCUCUUGUCUACGUUUUACACGAAAUGUCGUUUCCUCAUAAGAUAUUUUUAGGGUCUUCCAUAUCUUUAACACAAAACAUUGUAGCACGUAACAUCCUCAAUGUAUUUCCCAGAAGAAGUUACUUUUCCAAAUUCUUAGGAGCUCUGUGUGCCAACGGAGCCCCAACUCAAUUUCUAUGCUUAAUAUUCAUGUACUCACUAGUAGGAAUCGACGGGCAGCAAUUCAACAGCAGUUACAUACCAGAAUUCCUGUCCUAUUUUCCGGCAGGAAGUUCCGUCUAUCUGACCUCGCACGCUAUGCAAAUUUACGCAGAAGGUGAUUUUCGUCCUUUGGAUUACCAAAAUCCGUUUACCAAUUUGCAAAAGUACCGACAAGUUGCGGUACCAACUUAUAAUAUCAGUUUGAUCAGUCAUCCUGUGUCUUUACAUUUUGGAGAUGGGGAUACUCUGGUAACUGAAGAAGAUUUAGCCUUUACUGAAAGUAAACUGCCAAACGCUGUUGGAAGUUACCGAGUGCCUUUUGAAAAUUUCAACCAUAUGGACUUCAUGGUGGGGUCGGAUGCCAAAGAUUUAGUUUAUAAUGAAUUGAUUUUGUUGAUGAAUAAACACAGAUAG